AUGACAACUCCAAUCAACAUUUAUAUUAUUCUCUUUUCAACUUUUUUAUUAUUUCAACUAAUCAACGGCAAUCAAAAGAAAUGUACUUCUGGAAUCGGAGGUAAAUGCGAUUACGACAACGAUUGUUGUGGUGAUAGAAAUAUAAGAUGUGUUGGCGCCUGGGAACCUACAAAAAAGAAAGGAAAAUGCCAAAAAACUUGUGAUAAAGAUGGGAUAACUUGCAACCCUACUCCUAAAAAUAAAGAUGGUAAUUGCUGCCACUAUUGUGAUAGUAAAAUAACCAAUAAAUGUUCGUCCAAAGAUACUUCUGAUUAAUUU